CUAAACCGUGUUUACCCCAGAAACCUGAACUGUGGACAGACAGAAGAGGAGAGAGAGAGAGAGAGAGGGAGAGAGAGAGAGAGAGAGAGAAAAUUCAGACACAAUAAAACUCUGAGGGGAAAAAUAUGUGGAAGGAGGAGGCAGCAGCGGCCUGGGGAAGGGAUUGAAAAGUUUCCUCUGGCUUAACUUCUCCCCCCCCCCCGCAGCAGCAGAGCAACGCCAGCAGCACAAGCUGACCACGUGCGCAGGUCAUGGCACGCUUAACGAAGAGGCGGCAGGCAGACACGAAGGCUAUCCAGCAUCUUUGGGCAGCUAUCGAAAUCAUCCGGAACCAGAAGCAAAUUGCUAACAUUGACCGUAUUACAAAGUACAUGUCUCGAGUCCAUGGUAUGCAUCCCAAAGAAACCACACGUCAGCUGAGCUUAGCAGUCAAGGAUGGGCUCAUUGUUGAAACCCUGACAGUGGGGUGUAAAGGGUCAAAAGCUGGUAUUGAACAAGAAGGAUAUUGGUUGCCAGGAGAUGAGAUUGCCUACGGUAUGCAGCCUUUUUCCCAGACAGCAGCAAAAAACAAGGACUGGGAAACAGAAAAUCAUGACUGGUAUUGUUUUGAAUGCCAUUUACCUGGAGAGGUGUUGAUAUGUGACCUGUGUUUUCGUGUGUAUCAUUCCAAGUGUUUGUCUGAUGAGUUCAGGCUUAGAGACAGCAGUAGUCACUGGCAGUGCCCAGUUUGCAGGAGCAUUAAGAAGAAGAACACCAGUAAACAGGAGAUGAGCACGUACCUGCGCUUCAUAGUCUCUCGUAUGAAGGAGAGGGCUAUAGAUCUAAACAAGAAAGGGAAGGACAACAAACACCCAAUGUACAGAAGGCUGGUGCACUCAGCUGUUGAUGUUCCUACUAUACAGGAGAAGGUAAAUGAAGGAAAGUAUAGGAGUUACGAGGAGUUCAAAGCAGAUGCUCAGCUGCUUCUACACAACACAGUGAUUUUCUAUGGAGCGGACAGUGAACAAGCUGAUAUAGCGAGGAUGCUCUACAAAGACACAUGUCAUGAACUGGAUGAACUUCAGCUUUGCAAGAAUUGUUUCUAUUUGUCAAAUGCACGACCUGACAAUUGGUUCUGCUAUCCCUGUAUACCUAAUCAUGAGUUGGUUUGGGCCAAAAUGAAAGGCUUUGGGUUUUGGCCAGCCAAAGUCAUGCAGAAAGAGGACAAUCAAGUUGAUGUUCGUUUUUUUGGCCAUCACCACCAAAGGGCCUGGAUCCCCUCUGAAAAUAUUCAAGACAUCACAGUUAACAUCCACCGGCUGCACGUGAAGCGCAGCAUGGGCUGGAAGAAGGCCUGUGACGAGCUGGAACUGCACCAGCGCUUUCUUCGUGAGGGGAGAUUCUGGAAGUCAAAGAAUGAGGAUAAAGGGGAAGAGGAGGCAGAGUCGAGCAUCUCUUCCACCAGCAAUGAGCAGCUGAAGGUUACUCAGGAACCAAGAGCAAAGAAAGGGCGACGUAACCAGAGCAUGGAACUCAAAAAAGAAGAGCCAGAACCUGAAACUGAAGCAGUAAGUUCAAGCCAGGAAAUUCCCACAAUGCCUCAGCCCAUCGAGAAAGUUUCAGUCUCAACUCAGACCAAGAAGUUAAGUGCCUCUUCUCCAAAAAUGCUGCAUCGGAGCACCCAGACCAGUAACGAUGGAGUGUGUCAGAACAUGUGCCACGACAAAUACACCAAAAUCUUCAAUGAUUUCAAGGACAGGAUGAAAGCUGAUCACAAAAGAGAAACUGAGAGAGUAGUGCGAGAGGCAGUGGAAAAGCUGCGCACAGAGAUGGAAGAAGAGAAAAGGCAGGCUGUAAAUAAAGCUGUGGCCAAUGCACAGGGAGAGAUGGACAGAAAAUGUAAGCAGGUAAAGGAGAAAUGCAAAGAAGAAUUUUUAGAAGAAAUUAAGAAGCUAGCAGGCCAGCACAAGCAACUGAUUUCCCAGACCAAGAAGAAGCAGUGGUGCUACAACUGUGAAGAAGAGGCCAUGUACCACUGCUGCUGGAACACCUCCUACUGCUCCAUCAAGUGUCAGCAGGAGCACUGGCACGCCGAACACAAACGUACCUGCCGCAGGAAAAGAUGAAAGAGCGACUCCUGCCCUAGCAGAGCACCCCGAUGAUUGCUAUUCUCAGACACAGCGGUUUUUGUUUCCAAGAAGCCAAAAUUGUUUAGAAUUUGCUUCCCAUUUUGCACCAGCCUUUAAACACUUUUCGUAAAAGAAAAAUUUUGCACAGUAAUUUCCAUCUUCUGUUUAAUGCUCCUCCAAAAUUUUGUUGGCGAAAUGAAAUCUGACAUCAGUGGGAGCAGGUUACUUUGACUGAUUUUAAACUAGAGGAUUUGUUGCGUUUUCAGCAAAUUUUAAAACAUUUUUAGGUUUUACAGAGAUUUUAAUCUUUCAAAAGAGCAGAUCUAAAAAAAAAAAACAAAAAACAGCUAAAAAAAGAUACUAAUGAUACAAGUUGAACAAAAGGAAGGUUUGAGAACUAGAUCUGAAUGUAAGAAGUCCAGGACUGUUGCAGAAAAGCGAAGCAUACUACCUUGAUGUAACCUUUAUUUCUUAACCUUGUUGAGCUGGUUUUGUUCAGCUUAAUUUUACUGUUUAAAGGCAUUAUCUAUUGGUUAUACCAGUGGGUACCUGAUUGAAUUUAGGGAACAGGGUUGACACAGCAGGUGCUAGUCCUGCCUAUUUUUUCUUAACUAUUUCCCAGCCGUGUUUUAUUUUCAUUAUUUCUUUUCAAUAUAUAACUUUUAUAACGAAAUAUUAGCUUUGAUCUUGUAGUUUAAAAUCACAGGGAACUGGGGUAAUCUUUUACUGAGCUGGAUCUUAGAGACAAAAAAAGAAAAAAAAGAAAAAAAAAAAAAAAGAAAUAUUUAAAUUUUGAAGUUUGCACAUUUCAUCUUCGUCCUAACAUGAGUGCUUGUAACCAGAAUAAGAAAAGCCAAAAACCAAACGAGAACCCAACUACCUUUGCUCACGCACCCAAUGACGAGGCAUACAGAUUUCUUUCCUGCGCCCCCUCCUUCAGCCUCCCGAGCCAGUGUCGUUUGACUGCCUGUGGUCUGGAGUCACCUGGUCCGUCGUAAGCGAUAGUGAAAGGAGAAGAAGCACUUGAGUUCCACAGAAGCCGUUUAGUUUGUAGUAAUGGGUCAUUGCCUACUAACGAGCUCCAUCACUGUACUCAGAAUGAAGACUCCUGCAUGUUAAUUUCCUUGUAUUAAAGAUGCCGUGAUUUGUACAGUCUGUAUUUUGCGGAAUGUCUGGAUUAAGAAGCAUUACCAGUAGGAAUGGAUCGAUAGUUGACGACCAUUUUCUGUUCCUUUCUUUUAGCUAGAGCUAGAAGCAUCGCAUCCAGGGUCAGAGACAAGUUUUUAACUAGGUGUAAAGCUUACUUAGCUUUUCUUUGGAAGCGUCUCCGCAGUCUAGUUUAUUUCAGAGGUUGGUCUUAGACCGAGUCAUUGCCCAUCGAUACCCAGCUAUAUUUUGAGAGGUUAGAGGAAUAAUUUGUAAAUAUUUAUUUAGAUCUUUGCUAUUUAUUGAAAGCAAUUACCUGAUGGAACGAUGGAAGCUGAAGAAUCAGGAGGAAAGCCUUUUAAAAAGUUUUCUCUAGGAUUUGUCAGGGUCAUUGUAAAGAUGAAAAUAUUCACUGAGACUUCUGUUAACUACCACUGAAAUCCUGAUCUGUCUUACAGUGGUGAUGUAAGUGAAUUGACGAGAUUACUGCCAAAUAAUGCCCAUCACGUUGCAUAAAUUAUGUGGUAAACUGAUUGGGGGGAAAAAAAAUACCCCACAACUAGUGGGUAGAGGGUAACUUUUCUUACCACAGCUACAUUAUUGCCUGGUAAAUGUGUGAUUAACUCUUGUCGCCUCUGUGUUGUGACUGUAAAACACUUCACAACUAAAAAAAAAAAACAAAAAAACUCAAUCUUUUUUUGGAUUACUUUUCUGAGUUCCAAACCUUCGAUCCACCCCUAUGAAAGCAAGUUCUUGUGGAAAUAUUUUUGGUGUAAAAUCAUUCCAGAAUAUGUACUAUUUAACUGCUAGCUGCAUGACCGUAAGAUUCGUGUUACUUUGGCUUUUUUGUCUCUGUUGACACGGUUGCACAUUUCCAAGUUACUACAGUGUGAAAACUGCGUGUUUUAAAGAAAAAAAAAGAAAAAAAAGAAAAGAAAAGAAAAAAAAAAAAAGAUUGUGGCCUGGUUUUGUAUAAGUUUUAGGUAAAAUUACAACUGAUUGUUUUAGGAACCAUGAUUUAAAAUUAAUUUUUUCUGCAAAUCAUAAAGCUAUAUUAAAGUGUUGAGCUUAGCCACUAUGCACAUUGUAAUUAUUCAUUGUGGCUGUCCAGUUUAUGAUGCAUUCUGGCAUUUUGUAAGCUGCUCUGACUAGCAAUAUAUAGAGUCAUUUAAUGUGUUAACAUUGGUUAAUAAAUGUAUUUAAAAAAAACCAC